AUGGCCGACAAGCCGAGUAGCACGUCGGAGGUCGCACACUCCACUUUUCAGCCAGAAAGAGUUGUUGUAAAGUGGUACCGCUCACCAUUCUACAAUGCCACGAUCCUUGGCAUCUGCAGCUUCGCCGCACCUGGUCUUUGGGGUGCGAUGAAUUCACUCGGAGCCGGCGGUGCACAAGAGCCAUAUCUUGUAAACACGGGCAACGCCCUUACAUUCUGUCUCAUGAUAGUUUCAUGCUGGCUAACUUCGUCAAUUGUCAAAUACAUCGGUAUCAAAGGUGCCCUUGUUGUUGGAACAAUUGGUUUCGCCCCAUACAGUGCCGGCCUUUACCUAAAUAAUCGGUAUGGUGUCGAGUGGCUUGUCAUCCUCGGUGCUGCUUUCUGUGGCGUAUCAGCUGGCAUCUUCUGGGGUUCUGAAGCUGCCAUUGCUAUUGCAUAUCCUGAGCCACGUAACAGAGGACGAAUGAUUGCUUAUUGGCUCACUUGGACAAGAUUCGGCCAGAUCCUUGGUGGUGCAAUCAACCUUGGCCUGAAUUCUGAUCGUAAUGGGGCUGGGAAGGUCUCUUACAAAGUCUACCUGAUUUUCAUUGCCCUGCAAUCUUGUGGUCCAUUCGUGGCAUUGCUGCUGAAUAGGCCUCACAAGGUUCAGCGGAGCGAUGGCAAGGCGGUGAAGCUUACAAUUGCUGACAAUCCUUGGCAAGAGAUCAGAGCCACGACAAGCGCGUUUUUGACACCCAAGUUUCUGCUCCUUGUUCUCUGGAUCGGUCAGGGUGUCUACUCGGAAUCCAUAUUCUUCACUUACAUUGCACUUUGGUUUUCCGUCAGAGCCAGAGCCCUGGGCUCGUUUCUUUCAGGCAUCGUGGCCAUUGUGGCUGGUAAUCUUCUUGGCUUGUGGCUCGACCAGAAUGGAAUCGCUCUCAAGAAGAGAGCUCGGUGGGCAUUUGCUGUGAUCAUGACUCUGCAGGGAGCAUGGUGGCUCUGGCUUACCAUCAAUGUUACCGAAUACCGCCGGACGCAACCCACAUUUGACUGGGACGACCCGGGUUUCGCAAGAGGAUUCGGAGUCUUCAUCUUCUUGGUUUCUGGAUUUCAGCUCAACUACAAUUUCGCAUUCUUCAUGAUUGGGCAAAUUUCAGAGAGUUCGCAAGAAACUAUUCGACUUGCUGCCCUUCUCCGUGGUACAGAAUCUGCCUGGCAGGCUGUCAGCUACGGACUCAAUGCCAUUCCCAUAUUUGCGCUUGUUGGAGGGCCAUACAUCAACUUUGGGCUUUGGUUCGUGUCCAUCUAUCCGGCCUGGCUGGUUGUCAGAGAUUUCGACGCCAACGACAAGGAGACAAAUUCUAAGUCUGUUACUCGGUCAAAAGUGGUAUCCCAGCUCGAGCCCGAAGCAUAG